CCAUGGUGAUGUCUUUUGAUACAAUGUUGAGACUGGCAAGAUUCCAUCAAUUGAAUCUGCUUCAAGCUUUCUUAAAUUAAACCACCAUGGCUUUAAUUAACCCAGCAUCUAGACUGUUUUCAAUAAGACCAACUUGCCAAUCUAUUAAUAAUAACUGAAAAGGUUCAUAAGCAGAGGAUAUCGAGUUGACUGAAAUUAUUCAUAUACCAAUUAUCAUGAUUAACUAUUGGUCAAGUUGAUGUCAAGGAGUUUUGUUUUUCAUCCAACCGCAAUAACAAAGAGUAAAAAAAGAAGAGAGAUUUGUGAUUGUCUCACUAUCGCCUCAAUGAGACGGUUACUGUGUUUUUUAGUCAAGCUGAUGAUCCAUCGGUUAAAUUAAACCCACGUUGAAGACUUAUUUCCCAGACAAUCCUAUUCUAUCUUUAAUCAGUUUUGAAACCAGAUAUUCCUUAAACUUUACUCAAUCUACCAUGUAAAUUAUCAAAUUAAUUAUUAAUUUUGUUAACCCACUUGUGAUUAAUCUUACAACAAAAAAGUGUAUCAACCACCAGAAGGGCCACAAAAUCAAACCUUUCAAGCCGAGAUUUGUGUUGGGCUAUUUUUGCUGUAUUUGCCAUCUCUCUGUCUACUUACAUACUUUGAACGAUGAUGAUUCGGAAAAGAAAAAAAGAAGCCAAUUCAAAUCGUAAGAUUGGUUUAUCCGUAUUCAUUGACCUUGCCUCUAAAAUCUGGACUUUCAUAUCGUUCAUAAUAAAAAAAUAUACUAGAGCUAUUAUUCAACAUCAAACAAUUAAAUAUGAUAUUGUACCAUUAUCUCCACUUUCAAAGCACCGUUUAAGUUUAGUUAAAAGAAAGAUAUUAGUUUUAGAUUUGGAUGAAACAUUAAUUCACUCAACUCAUGAUGGAGUGUUACGACAAAUGGUUAGCCCCGGCACGCCGGCUGAUUUUGUACUCAAGGUCACCAUUGACCGGCAUCCUGUUCGUUUUUUUGUUCAUAAGAGACCUCAUGUGGAUUUUUUUCUAGAAGUUGUGAGUCAUUGGUAUGAAUUGGUGGUAUUCACUGCGAGUAUGGAAAUAUAUGGUGCAGCCGUUGCCGAUAAAUUAGAUAAUAACCGCAACAUUCUAAAGAGAAGAUACUUCAGGCAGCAUUGUACUUUGGAGUAUGGUAGUUACACUAAAGACUUAUCAGCCAUAAGCCCUGAUCUCGCUAGUAUUUUCAUCUUGGAUAACUCACCAGGAGCUUAUAGAGCUUUUCCAAAUAAUGCAAUACCUAUCAAUUCUUGGUUCUCUGAUCCAAGGGACACUGCAUUACUAAAUCUUUUGCCUGUUUUAGAUGCUCUAAGGUUCACAAGUGAUGUUAGAUCGGUUCUGAGUCGUAACUUACAUUUACAUAAUAUGUGGUAACCUCAUUAUUACAAGGAUAACACUUAAAUUAAAGCAAAAAAAUAUAUGUAAAUGAAACUUGUAAAUAUGUGUAAAUGAUAAGAUGUUAACUGUCUUUUUGGGAGCCUGAGUUACAAUUAGCUUUCCCUUUCCAUUGAAAAAAACCCUCCAUAUCUCCUCUGGAAUCCUUUAUUUUUUUCAUGAAACUCAUCGAUGAAUCAGAGAUUGACUUACAUAUUAUCAUUUUCCUAAUUCAAUUUUCUUUUGAUGGCUUUCAUCGAGAUUCACACGUAGUCUAACUGCUAAUUGCUCUCUGUAUCAAAACUAGCAAACAAAUUUUUGUAAACUUGAUUGUUAACCCUUACUUUCCUACUUCCGCCCUUUUACUCUUUCCUCUAUCUUUACCCACACACUUGCAGAUCUUUUUGUCUAGUACAAACAAUAACGACAGUUAAGAUGCUUAUGACGAUGAAAAUGAUUAUCACUUGGUACUGUUGAACAACAACCUAUUUAAACCAAAACAAGGGCUCAAAUCAUGUAAAUAAUUGUGAAUAUCACCCUGAAUCACCUCUUUCUCAAAAAUCAACAUUUAAAAUGGAGUCAUCUUCAUUACCUUCUAGGAAAAUGCAAAUAAAUUGAUAUUCAUAUUAAUAAAUUAAUUAAUAAAGAAGA